CCUUCAAACGGAUGUUCCGCUGAGGGACUCUCAUAGAACUAGUUAUCUCUAAUCUUGAUGGUUUUGUCCCACACAGUAUCUGAGUUCGCAAAUUUGCCCACAGCCCAGUUGGUGCUGGAUUGUGACGAGUUAUGCAUAUACUUAAUGACGUUCUGGGUCGACCAGAGAGAAUUGAAAUCCUGGGGCCCCAGAACGGCAGCGGGCCUUGCUUGGGAUAUGAGGGGUACUUGGGCUCGGUGAUCUGGGCCCUACAGAUAUUCAGCUUCUUCGUUGUUUGGCUUAUCCGGGGAGUGGUGGCCUGUCAUUCUACCAGCCAGGUUUUGUUGUCCGAUCCCAGGCAACGCGCGUCCUGGAGUCCACAGCUCUCAUUGGGAUCUCGAUGAUGAGCCAUACUCUGUUCCAUGUCACGGCACUCAUAAUCUGGUUCCAGGCCGUAC